CGAUAGUUAAAAGUGACUUAAUACGUAGAUCUAAUGUGCGGUAUGCGAUUGUUUCCGAACAUCAAUUAGGUGUCUUCCACGAUGGAAUUGUAUGUACAAAUAUUUAUUCUAUGUUUACUGUGCGUCGCGCGCGCGUUCGAGGUGCCACCGGAGGAAAUCACCGAAUUCGAAGCAGGACCCUUGACGUACAUCGAAAAUCUAUCGAAAAUUCCUAUACAAAAAACCGAUGGAAUCGACAAACAAACUACGGAAAAUCCUCGCGAUAAGAGAGCUCUCGGUGUUCUAUUAUCAGGCCUGGCCCAGAUUUUUGGAUACACGGUGACUCCAAUUCAAUUCGCCUCGCUGCCAAACCCAAACGUCACAAAACCCGCUGCAAUGUCCAAUUUGUCCAAGGUUGAUGUAAGACAGCAUGUUGCAUCUUCUCAGCCUGCGAAUACCACUGUGCCAAGGCAGCAAGAAACCAUCAGGUUUACCGGUGUGCUGAACUUUGGCAAUAAUUCAAACAUUUUAGGACAUCUUCAGCAAUAUGAGCAGAUCUUUCACGGUCGUCAAAAUAAUACAAUAAUGAUGACGACAUUGCGACCCGCAUCAAUGCUUCCUGCAAAGAUUCCGGUGGAUCCGAGGAUAAACUCGCAACCGCCUCUGUUGGCGCCGUUCUUCGUCAAGAUCCCAUUGCCGAUCGCGCCAAAUCUUCUACCAAUCGAUCCUAUCGAGAAUCUCGAAUUGUAUCCUUUUCCACCAGUUUCCGUCAGUGACUCAAACGAAAAUACGGAGACGCCGAUUCGGAAAGAACAGGAGACGGUAUAUAGGAGUAAUGAAGACACAGAGCGGUACACGGUGAAGGAAAAAGAUAUUUACGAUGAGAAGGAUGUGAAAAAGCCAAUGAACAAAAAUAAUCAUAAAUUAUAUAUCGACGAGCUGAACAAGCAGCAGAACAACGAAUUGCGACGCAAACAACAAGAGCACGUCAAGAAUCCAAACCAACAGGAAGAAGAAAGCAAUCGUGAUAAAGCUAACCACUACAAAGAGGAAGAAAUAAAUGAGAGACACAGGAAUCACGAAGAGGAAAUCGCUGACCGAAAUCGAGAUACUUCCAAGAAUGAAUCAACGGAAGAGAGAAGACCAACGCAUCAUGACGAUGAGGAAGAUGAAGAUUCUGUGGAAAAAUAUAAGGAGUAUGCCAGCCAGAAGAAUCUCCCGAACAAGUCCUCGAAGCAAUCGCCAAAGAAUGAGAAAGAGGAAAACGAAGACUAUCAUGACGAUAAUUCUAACAAACAAUUUAACGGAUAUAAACAACCUGAGGAUUUCGACAAGUUCGUAGAAAUAGGAUAUAAUCAGCAGUUGCCAAUCGGCGAUUAUUUCCACGACGGUAACCCCGAAGUGAUUCGUGACAGCUACGGCGAGGUAUUAGACAAUAAGAAACUGAAGGAUGAUAGAAUCGCCGAUUACUUAGGUAUGUUCAAGCAUCCAUAUGUUCAAACUAACGCGUAUGAUUCGCAAAGAGUUCACAACAACCCCAAAGAUGUGUCGCGGGAAGAGAAUGAAGAAGAGACAUCUGCCGAGGAUGGUUACGAUGAACAUCUGACUAGACUGCAGAAGCUCAGAGAAGAAUACGCCUUACCGGAGAAUAAGUAUGAAGAAUACGACUUAAAUGACGAAAAUGAAGCGGAUAGAAAUGAUGGAGAGAAUCUGAGAAUCCGAAAUAAUAUGUCGAUAGCAUCAAGAAAACCUAAAAAACCGGAACAUAUCCGUGGUAAGGAAGAUGAUGACGAUAAUGUUGUAAGAUUGGAGAACACGGGAUCGCAAGAAGCCGAUUUUGGAACAUAUGUGCCUCUCGUCGUGCCUGUGCGUUAUAUCAAUGCGAAUGACAAGGUAAGAACCCGGUUUAAUGAAGACAAUGCGAGUCCCACGCAAAUAGUCUUUAAAGAGCAGAAUCUGCUGACUCCGCAGAUCGGUUUGCUUGAAAAACCACGACAAUUACACGAAGGCGAGCACAAGGAGUUUCAGGUAUGGCCACCGCCUUUCGAUUACGCCUUUGACAAUACGGAACCGGCGACUACUAUCGUUCCGUCAAAUUUACCGAAUUAUUAUCCUAUCACACAAAAUUAUACUCCGAAUUAUUACCAACAUGUUGUAAAAGAAAUAGCAGCACAAGACGCGAAUGACAAGUCUUCAGAACAACCUUCCGGUUAUCUUCUAGUCGUUGGUAAUCCGGUACAUCCGCAUGGACAGCCUUACAAUUUUUAUUAUUUCUCCAACGAAGCUGCGAACUCCCAAAGUCAAGUUCCUAAUCCACAUGUCGAAGUUCCGCAUCCGCGAGACCCAGUCUAUGAUGCUCAUCAACAAAGCGCCAGUGAACAGAUCAUCCAAGUAGAACCUAAUAUCACCAAAUACAAUCUGAAUGAGACCACAAAUAGUCCACAUAACUAUUACUAUCAGCCUCAGGAAAUUCCAACGAAUGUUCUCGACCGUUAUAAAUAUACUUUCGAAGAACGCAGGCCACAAAUUGAAGAACCAUUUGAUAUUGAUAUAAAAAGUCAAAUUCUUAACACGGAAAAUUGGUCGAAUAAGAUAUACAGGCCGCAAUCACUAAGUAAUACGGUCGAGGAAUCUCCUCGACCAGUCUUUACAUUGCAGAAUAUUCUGCCUUCAAAUCGGAACGCGCAAAGUAGAUCGUCGGAAAGGCCGCGUCAUUCACGGCUGUUAAGAAAACGACAGAGUUUGCAGCCAGAAGAAGAAAACCGCAAGAACGACGAAGAGGUAAAAGCUCCGCAGCAGAUCCUGACGAGCAAGCUAUUCGACGAUCCCCAGAGCGCGCAUGAUUUCUUCGGUUUCAGCAAAGACGAUUAUAACUUUGGAAGCGAAAGCAAUAAUGCAACGAAAGUUGUCGAGGAGAAUGGCAAAACUACGAAGGAAUCGGAUGCGUUCAUUGCACCGGAACCAACCGCUUAUCAUCACGAUGACGAAAGUAUCAUAAAACAGACCGAUGAAUCAGAAAAUGAUAUGGAGAAAGCCAAAGUCAGAGAAUAUCGGAACAAAGUGGCGACCUUGAAAGUGUCGGAGCGGAGGCAAUUAAAGCCGAACGGACCGAUCCACUAUGUGGAAUUUAUACGCAAUAUCUAAUUGUAAUGUUACGUAAAAAUAUUUCAAGUAAAUUAUUAGUCU